AUGAUGUCUCAAUCCCUCAGAUCAUCGGCCUCGCUUUUGAGCCGAGCAGUCCGCCUACAGAGCCCGAUCGUUCGUCGAAGCUUUGCUUCCACCGCCAUCAGACGAGCCGACCCCGUGCAGGACCUCUACAUCCGUGAGCUCGCUGCCUACAAGCCCACUCCACGCAAGGCCAACGACGCCGACGCCCAUGUCCAAAAGUUCGUCGCUCCCAGCCCUCCCCCAUCUCCCGAGGAGAGCAACAUCUCCGCCGAUUUGAAGGCCUACGAGACCCAGGCUGUUGAAGUUGAAGGCCAAGGCGAGGCCGCGGGCGAACCCACUCCUGUCGAGGAGGACUGGCUCGAGAUGGACGAGGAGAAUCCUGCCGCCCAUUAA